AUGGCAGCCGAUGUUGUGUCAGCGACAGGCGCGACACCAGAUGACGGCCGACCUCCCCUCAAGUUCAUAGACACUCCACUGGAGCAGAACUACGAGUUCUGCGAGGAGCUGGGCAGUGGCCAGUUCGCUCAAGUACGACGGGUAAUCAAACGAUCAACGGGUACCCCCUACGCAGCCAAGUUCAUCAAGAAGCGACGCUACACCACCUCCAGAAGAGGAGUGCCUCGAGAGCACAUCGAACGAGAAGUCAGGGUGCUUCAGAAGAUCGCUGGACAUCCGAAUGUCAUCGAGUUGCACGAGGUCUACGAGACUCUGACUGACAUUGUGCUCAUCCUCGAGUUGUAAGUCGUUAUGUUUUUGAAAUUUACAGGUACUCCAACUUAAACUUUUGCAUUUUUUGUACAAAAUUGUACCUUUAUAACAACAUUGUUACACAAUAUUAUUAUUAAAUUACUAAUAAUGCUGUUUAGAGUAUCUGGCGGCGAGCUCUUUGAUCACGUAUGUGCUAACGAGUACCUUGACGAGGUUGAAGCAGCGGCAUUCAUCAAACAGAUUCUUUUCGGCAUUAAACAUCUACAUUCGAAACAUGUUGUACAUAUGGAUAUCAAGGUAAUAUGAGCAUGCAAUGUCAUAAAAAGGUUUUAUAUAACUAUUACUUUUAUAUUAUUAUAUAUAAAUAUAUCACUAUAUUAACAUUACCAUCUUUGAGCCAGAGAAUAUAAUGUUAAGAAGGAGGAACGAGCCCCAGAUCAAACUGAUCGACUUUGGUCUGUCAAGGAUCAUUCGACCGGGCGAACAAGUCAAGGACAUGAUUGGUACUCCCGAGUUUGUGGGUAAGUACCAAUUUUAAAAUGGGCUUAAAUUUUUAAAAUUUAUUUUUAAAAUGAUCUUUUCAGCACCGGAGGUCGUGAACUAUGAACCAUUGGCACCAGCAACUGACAUGUGGGCUCUCGGAGUCGUUACCUAUAUAUUGUAAGUAAUCAUUUUACUUUGGAAUAGUAUAGAAAAUGUAUGUAAUAUAUAAAAUCUCAUAGACUACAACCUUUCAUUUGUAGGCUUUUUCAAAUGUAUUAUAGUGUUACGCUUAAUAAUAUGUUGGUAUGCCUUCAUUUACAUCGUAUUGUCUCCAUAAUUAUGUUUUAUCUUGUUGUAGGUUGAGUGGAGGUUCUCCCUUCCUUGGUGCCAGCAGAGAUGAGACCUUUUGUAACAUCACGGCUGUCAAAUACCACUUUUCUACUCAGUAUUUUGGAAAAGUGUCACCUCAUGCCAAAGACUUCAUCAGCCGACUGUUCGUGCGUGACAUACGAAAGAGAGCGACAGUCGAUGAAUGUCUGCGACAUCCUUGGAUCAGAGGGGUAAGAUAAUGUUUAUAGUACUUUAUCUUUGAGUUACAUUACUCUAGUGUACAUAAAAUGAAAAAAAGUCAUAUUUUAACUUAGUUUUAAACGUAUCAUACGAAGUCUUACGGUUUUGAAAACAAUAUUGUUGCUUUCACACUACUUUUUACAUUCUAAGCCGAGGUACACUCUAUUUGAAACAAUUCUUAUCAGUAAGAUUAUGCUUUUAAACUAUAAGUUGUGACUUUCUUCCUAUGACCUUUACCUACAAUAACUGUUUAACACAUAAUUACAUAACCAUUUGUAGCCCGACAACGGUAUCGAGGACAUCAGGCGGUCAUCCAUCAUCAGUGUAUCCCACAUUCACUCUUUCAAAGUAAAGCAGAAGUGGAGGGUGAGUAAUAUGUUAUGGGAUUCGAAACCGGUUCUUCUCGCAGUUACUUUACAAACCAUAUUACUCCCGGUUUCUGUAAUAAUACGGGCAUUAAUAAUGUCGUAUAAAACACAUAAAAUCGUGCAUAAUAUAGGUAACAAUUGUAUUUGUCUGAUUAUAUUGAUAUUGCCUAUAACAAUAUCCUAAAUUUUGCCAGAAUUUGAAAGGUAAGAUGCCAAAAGUUUUAUAAAAGACAACAAAUGAGAGUUAAAGCAAAUAUUAGUAAAACAAGGCAUAUUAGCAUAAGAAUAUUACAGAAAGCGAUUGAGAUCGUGCGAUUGUGUGUAAGGAUAACACAAACUGAACGAGAACGAGUGCUUCUGAAGCAGAUCUCUCCAGGAGACUCCAAAUACGAUACGGUAAGUAUAACAUUACUCAUUACACCUUGUAUAAGGAUGACAUACUGACCAGCUCCAUCCUCGUCGCCUGUUCAGAAGGUAACAUUGGAGCUCUGGAACAGUUGGGAAGUCUCUACAGGUUCAGUCUUAACGUUGCCAACUCGGUAAGUCGAUUGUAGGGGAGUGUAAAGUCAUUAUAGACAAUAUGGGUCAUGAUUAUCUAAUAAUCGUUAUCCAUCGAGUUAUUAGUCAAGAAUAAAUGACACCGAUAAGUAAUAGAAGCUCUGAUAUUGAAGUAGAUCAAAAGUCAAAAGUUACAGUUAAUAUCUUUUUAAAAAUACUGUUAAUAAGCUGUUUUGUAUUACCUUUUAUAUGUAUAUGUUCCUUUUGCAGCUAGGAGAGACGUCAGUCCAUGUUUGUGUGGCCACUGGAUCCGAGAAGUUGUUGAUCUAUCUCCAACGUCGUGGAUGUCCAGUUGAUGUUGUAGACUCUCGAGGUGAAACUCCACUGUUCGCAGCAGCACGAAACGGUCAUGCUCACCUAGUCAGGUACCUAACUUGUCCCAGAAACAAGUUCAUCGAAGUCAACAAAGUCAAUUUGGUAAGGCUUUGCAAAGUGACGGAAUGCCACUAUUGAUUUAUUGAAUUACAAGAGGAAGAAAUAAGGGGGGGGUUGACCAUUAUUAUAAGUACUUGAGCAAACAACUUUGAUAUUUGUUUGUGCUUUAUACUGUAUGGAUUAAUAUAUUAUUGUAAUGGAUUACUUUGGCUUUAGAACGGAGAAACAGCUCUUCACGCUGCCACUCGUUACGCACAGGUGGAGUCAUGUCUUGCCCUCUUAGAGAACGGUGCUGAUGUUGAUAUUCAGGACGAAGUAUGUUAAGUUAGACGUAUUAUUGACUAUGGUUAUGUUUUUGAAAGACUUUUUAAUCGUUUCGUCAUCAUGAGUAUGUUUACCAUGAUAUGUUUGCCUAACUAUUGUACUUUCAGCACGGUGAAUCAGCUAUUCACGUGGCCAGUUGGUAUGGGUACGGGCUUCUAUUGAGCAUCUUGUGCCGGUUUAACGCCCGAGUGGACGUCACGAAUCAGGUAGGUUGUGGAUGUGACACGAGAUAUUGAGUUAGUGCUCUCCGGAGACUCGGGGAUUCUGAAUGCAUAAAGCCGAAGGGGGGAUAUCGGGGCAGGCGAGGGGGCUACUCGCGAUUGGACCAGAAAUUAGACGGCUCCAGGCAAAUGACUCUCUUUUGGUCUCCAUGGUGAGGGGAAUUAUGGAGAGGAAAGUAAAGGGCGAGGUAACAGAAAAAUAGCACACCUGCUUCAAUGCACACUCGGAGCGACACGCUCGGGUGGGGCGGCGUGCCUUAUACGUUCAUGGUCAGAUUACUUACCAUCCUUGCGCGAUGUAGUUUUAAAUGCUCUUGUAAUGUCGUCGAGAGGAGGGGAGGGGUGGGCGUGAACUAUCGUGCUGACUCCAGACGCAUUUCGUAACGUAGCGUGGCGGACUUGAGGAGUAAUAUCUCUGGAUUAAGCUGAGAACCUGGACUCCAAAACGCCCGAACCCGAAGAGGAUGUGGAGUACGUCAGUCUGGACGACCAAUUAGAUGACUCAUCGUUCCCAGAAGCCGUAUUCACUCCAUCUUCAGAAGAACCCUCGUCUUCGCGUGGUGAUCAGCCUCGUAACAUCGUUCACAAUAUCUUGUCCGAUCCCAAAAAGGUGGCUCGGAUUGACUUUGGCAGUCUAGUCCAUUCGGUGACACGAUCCUUGAGUAAAGGAAUGUCAGAGGAAGAGGCUGGCGACUCGAGGACUAAUCCUUUCCAUCCUCAAUAUAAUGGCUUCAAUCAGAAGACCAAAGGCCCCAUUUUGCCAUUUGAAGCCUCAACCUUGGACUUGCGAGACCACUCCUUAACUGGCCCUCAUGUGCCUUCGUUGUGGCAAUUGGAGACUAAAUAUAAGCCUAGCGAUGUGCUAUUAGGAUUGUCCAACAACAAUCCUUUUAGGACGGAGGCUUGGCAACCGCCGGAACGAUACGUUCACACAGCACGUCCCGGGUACGAUGAAGCAAAUAACGUGCCAGAAGCAGCCGAAGAACGUAAGACCGUUCCAGACGGCAAGUUCACAGAAGCCGACUUCAACGAGACCGACUACAAUGUUAUGCUGAGUUCUAGUGCUCCAGCCACUUCCAGAAAGCCAGCGCCGUGUGCUGUAUCGUAUCCCUCGACUUCUGUGUUUAUUCAGCUGGUGAACAGCGCUUUCGAGGCUGGCCUAGUCCAUCCGGAGGGAAAGUAUUAUCCCGAUGGGUGUUGCACGGUAGGUGUGAAUGUGGCAGCAACGACAAUACCCGGUUGUUAGACAAAAGUUUUGUAAAACGUAUACCUACUACAAUAUAGUAAUUGUAACAGUAGUAUAGAAAGCCUUUAAAUAUUAUUGAGUGCCAUUUCAUUUCGAUUACUUCAGGAUGACGAAACCGCACUGCACUGUGCAGCCACACGUGGCCACAUGGAAUGUGUCCAGAGUCUACUGGAGAGUGGAGCACCUAUCGACGCUCAGGACCAGACUGGACAAACAGCUCUACACUUGGCGUUGAGGAGGUCACAUCUUGACAUUGCUCUGUAUCUGAUUACAAAAGGAUGUAGCUUUGACUUGGUAGAUCAGGUGGGUACAUCAUACUACUCUAUCUGCAUUUAGUAUGAUGGAUACAUUUACAUAUUGUUAUUGAAUUCUCUUCUUUCAUGCUAUCUCUAAUUACUAAUGCCAUUUUAGUUAGGAGAUACCCCGCUUCACAUCAGUAGCCGACUUGGCUUGAUUGCCGCCGUCCAGACGCUGUGUCAUAUUGGAGCAGCGGUAGAUGUCGUCAACAAACGACACGCUACACCACUUCACGAAGCGGCUCGAGAAGGUCAUAUUGAGGUAGUGAGAUGUCUGAGUCUCUCGAAUGCUGAUGUCACCAUCAAAGACGAUGAGAAUCAGACGGCUUCUGAGCUGGCGAUGACCAAGAAUCACGACACCGUGCACAAUCUUCUGAACAAAGUCUCAUCUGUAAGUCACCUUACUCAUGUAGAUAGUAAUGUUAUCUUAAAUACAGGAUCAAGUGCGCGAGAAGUGCAUCCAACAGCUGUGUCCCAUGAACACGUGCUUAAGGAGGAUCAAGUUGAAGCUGUUUGGACAUUCAGAAGUCGGCAAGUCACGAUUGAUUGAAGCCCUACAGCAAGGUGUCAUCGACUCCUUUAUCACGGCCGUCUCACGACGGUUCUCUGACAACCUUGGCGUUACCCACAACGGAAAGGAGAAGAGGGUAUCCGAUGAAGGGAUUCACAGCUGUUCUUCCAGCUCUGUAUCCUGUCACGAUGCCUUCUUCAACGACAGAACGGUGGAUGGAACGACGGCCUUCAAGCGUCCCACUCACCCCAAUUACACCCGAGGUAUCGACGUGUUCAAUGUUAACUUCCCCAACUGUGGGGAGUACUCGGUGUGGGAGUUUGGAGGCUACGAGAGCUACCACAUCAUAUACGAUCAUUUUGUGGGGAACACGGACUGUAUACAUGUGGUUGUCAUCAACGGGUCUGAUCCAACAGAAGUACAGUACAAGGAGGUACUGUAUUGGAUGAACUUUCUCAAAGGAAGAGUGACUCCUUCCGAGCCUAUAGGACAUUGUGGAGUUGUGUCUCGGAGGUCUAAGGUGGUUGUAGUAGGUACACACGCUACUGUACAACAGUAUCCGGAGAAGAAUUCAGAUGGAGAAUUCAUAAGUUCGGAUGCUGAUGCCAUGAUGAACACGAUACGACUGAGGUUCGAGACUCAUUUUGAUAUUCAUGAGAAGCUAAUUCUACUUGACGCCGCCAAUUCCAAGUGUAACGGCCUCAGGUCCCUCAGGAGUUAUUUCCAUAAUGCCAGGAAUUCGAUCGUCGAAGUAGGUUUCGUGAUAUAACAGUAUAUUUUAUCUUUACUUACAUGUUUUAUCAAAUAUAACGUUUAAAAUUAGAAAUUGAAACUGCCAUUACAUAAUAAUAUUGUUUUAAAAACUAAUUUCAGCGCCUGCAACGGCCCUUGACAUUAUUGGACGACUGCGUCGCCUUCCUCGGCGUGCUACGACAAAGAUAUACCACAUUCCCUGUGAUAACAUGGCUCACCUUCACCAAUGUGAUACGAGAAGAAGUGAAUCCCCUGGCUUCUGACUCCCACUGUCGUCAGCUGAUUCAACAGCUUCAGUUGGUGGGAGAGGUCGUGUACCUGAGAGACGAGUCCUCCGAACUGGACUAUGUUGUCUUGGUGCCAGAAUGGCUAGGCUCUCACAUCCUCGGCACUCUUCUUUCGGCCCAAUUCUUGUCCCAAGCCAGGCCUGAUGGCUGCUACACGGUGGCUCAGUUCGCCUCCAUCUUCCCGGAGAUCAAAGAGACCGCUCAACUGCUCCACAUGUUAGACACUUUGCAGGUAGUCGCUUUGGGAAUCUUAUCAUUUCAUAAUAUCACUUUUCUGAUAAGCCGAUUACAGUUUUAUCUUGUUAUUAAUAUCCGUUUUCAGCUGUGCGUUGCGAUAGAGACGGGAGAGCAGAAGACAUACGAGUUCCCCGCUUUCAUCUUGAGCGACCCGCCCAAGGAUGUGUGGCCAAAUAAUCGACAUAACUACGUGUACGGUGGGCUACGUGUCGUUCCGAUGAGAGGCAUGGAACGGUCGUUACAAAGCACGUUUUCCCGAAUUCAAGUAGCCAUGAGGCGGAGCAUGAAUGACUUCCAGGACCCAAUCGACGCCGACCUUCAACAAUGGAGUGGCUGCAGCAAGAUCUGUAGCGGAUCGAUGGAGGCACUCGUGAGGCUACAUGGGGAUGCUGUAGAGAUUCAAGUCAGAGGUCCCAAAGAGAACGUGCCUGCUUGUGUGUACUUUAUGGAGGACCUGGCUAACCUCGUAGAACAGACAGCUAGCGAAGUGGCACCCGGAAUAUCUCUAGAAAGACACUUCUUGUCACCUAAACAUCUGGCAGCUCAUCGGCCGAGUCCGGCUUCCUUCCCUCCAGAAGAGAUCAUGGCGAUGCAGCAGAGAGAAUCCCUAAGCAUCGUGAACACUGAUGGAGAAGAAGAACUCUUCACCAAUGUGGUCUGCUUCGGAUCGAGGGACGUGGCUGCUGUGCUCACGUUGGGUAUCGACGUUUCGGUAUCACAGCUACAACUGAAUGCACGGUGCGAACUGGCUUCGCUUCUUGACCCACCUGACAAUAUGGGACGGGACUGGUCGAUUUUGGCUGUCAAACUGAAUCUAACUGACCAAUUGCCUGAAGUUGAUUCGACUGGUCAGAGUCUGUCACGGACGGAUCAACUUCUGGCCGAAUGGGCGCUACAGUGUCCUGAAGUGGCGUCGAUUGGUCGACUGUGCUCGAUCCUGGACGAGAUGGGUCGUCAAGAUGCGAGAGACGUGCUUUACCGUACCGUUCCCCUGUACUUGUUCGCACCGUUCGAAGAGAACCCGGGCAUUGGCAACGGAAUUUCGCAAACUGAUUCGGGUGUCACUUCAGUAUCCCACUCCACUGGGGACUGA